CCUGUGAUGUGCGUGCCAUGAAUGGUUUACGCCAUGCCGGACUUUGUCCUUGAAUGUAGUGAUUGAUAGCGAUCACUUUCAUUCCUCGUCGCUAAUAUUGAGAUAACGUUCGCUGGGAAUUUUCCGCUCCUUUGGCACGUUUUCAAGCCGGGAAAAUGUAUUAAUUGAUAUUUCUUACAUACAGUGACAUUUUGAGAUUGUUUGUAUACUUUUGAAACAUGCUUUGUUAAUACUAAUAGAGAAAUAUAAAAAUGUCAUAUGAGUUUAUCAUACAAGAGGACCACUUUUACAACUCUAAUUAUGAUAUAUUGAAGAGAUGAUAAUUUUAUUAAUAUCUAUAUAGAAAAAAUGAUUAAUCAAGAAAACAUAUUAUCAACAUCUUUAUCCUUGAACACAAAUCAAUAUACGCAAAAUGAGAAUGAACCAACAGAUAAUUUAUAUCUUGCACUAAUACAAUGCUUUGGUAUUAUUCUAUGUGGGUAUUUAGCAGGAAGAUGCGGUAUGAUGACAAAGACUGAAGCAAAUGGCCUGAAUACUUUUGUUGGUACUUUUGCUUUGCCAUCAUUAAUCUUCAUGUCUCUGGCAAAACUUGAUUUCACAUUGGUUAAUUGGAAAUUUUUGCUCUCUGUAUUGAUUGCUAAGAGCUGUGUAUUUAUUACUGUACUAGCAGUUUCAUUAGUAAUUAAAAAGCAAUCAAAUCCUGGAUGUGCUGCACUCUUUGCAAUAUUUACUACUCAAAGCAAUGAUUUUGCUAUUGGAUAUCCAAUGAUUAAUGCUUUAUAUGGAAAAACACAUCCAGAAUAUGCUGCGUAUCUAUAUUUGAUGGCGCCUAUAUCGUUGGCCAUUUUAAAUCCAAUUGGUUUCGUAUUGUUGGAGAUAGGCAAGCGACGUGUGGAGGAACAUUCAAAUUGUAGAGACAUGGUUUGUUCCAUCAUGAAAGGUGUCGUACUGAAUCCAGUACUGUUCAUGACAGUUUUGGGCAUUAUAGGCAAUCUUAUAUUUAAUCAUAGUAUACCGCGCUUACUUGCCGCAAUUCUCGAAGUACUCGGUAACGCUUUUUCCGCUAGCGCAUUGUUUCUUCUUGGUUUGAUGAUGGUAGGAAAGAUACACAAAUUAAAAGGUACUGCGCUAGUUAUACCGGGUAUAUUGAUCUCUGUGAAACUACUAGUCCUACCUCUAGUCAUAAGAGAAUCUAUUAUUCUCUUGAACGCCGGAGAUAACUUGACGGAAACAAGAAAUUUGAGUACUUAUGGCUUCCUGUAUGGUACUAUUCCGACAGCACCAGCUUUAUUUAUUUUCACUUUGCGAUAUAAUCUCGAAAUCGAUCUAAUUGCAUCAGCAAUGGUAGCUUGUACGUUUCUCUCUGCUCCGCUUAUGUUUGUAUCUGCUAAAGUGGUCAAUGCAGUUUAUACUGGAAUUACACCGGCCAAUUAUGCACGACAAUUAAAUAUUUUUGCCUUUGAAAUAAGCGUUGCGUCAGUAAUAGCUUGCAUAUGGCUGUUGAUUUGUUUCCUUGGAUUUGAACGGAAAAGAUAUAAUCAAGUCACUCAUCGAUGUACCCUAUGUCUCAUAAUUGCGCAGUCUGCAGCGGCAAUAGGUGUGAUAAUUUGGUCAAAACUUGAUCCAAGUGAUAAUCGAUCAACAUUAUGGUAUGUCCAAUUUAUUUUAAUAACUACUGGCGUAUAUGCAAGCAGAAUAUGGACAGCUGCAAUUGCAGCAACAUUAUUAUUUUUGAGUUCACGCUCGUUAUCCUUUGUUGAAAAUCUACAAAAAUGGUUUUAUCCUAUUGGAUGGGGAAUACCACUUCUAAUGACGACAAUAAUGUGCACUAUUACACUAACUCCAUCUGAGUUUGAUUUAAAAAAUCCAAGUUUUCAAUUGACCAGAGUUCAAGCUGCUGCAUCUUCAUUCAUAUUAAUAUUUUGCUUUAUAGUGACAUUAGGAUGUUUAGUUUUACAACAGAGAUAUCAAAGAAGACACAUUACAAUGUUAUAUGAACAUUUAAGGAAUAAUACAGAAAAUACUACUACAACUGAAAAUACUAUAACUGAAAAUACUACAACUGAAAAUAAUGAAAGAAGUAUAGUAGAUGUGGAAGAUUUAGUUUCUCCAUUAAUUAAUGCACCUACAAUUGGCUGUGAAUUUCAAGGUAGUUGUUCGAAUGGAGCAUGCAGAGCUGAUAAUAUAGAGAGAGAUUGCAAUGAAGAAGAUAGAACAAAUACAGAUAACGAUCCACAGAUUUUGCGACAUCUCGUUUUCCUUAUUUUACUAUUGUGUUCUAUAUUUAUUGGCUUAUCAAUAUCUGUGGGAACAUUAAUAAUGGAGCAACUAACUGGCAUUUAUGCUGAACUUGCAUUCUUGGAUGUAGCAUUGAACUUUGGACAAUCUUUAAUAGCAUUCGCUAUCUUUGGACUGGAUCCUAGUUUAGGUAAAUUGGGUAGCUGGCUACAAAAAGUGUGCAAGAAGUGGCAAUUUGGAAAAGAAUUAGAAUUACCUUGUGAAGAUGCUCUUAGUACAGAAGUAAAGGCAAUCCGAGAACAAUUUAAUCGAUGUCAUCUAGAAGCAUGUCGAGCACGUAUAUCUAUGUGCCGUAGACGAUUGUUGAAAGUAUAUAAAGGAGUCUUUUCAGGGUCGGAUUUGGUCAACUGGUUGUUGGAAGUUGGAAUUGUCGACAGUCGAGAGGAAGCUGUGCGCUACGGUCGUUGUUUAUUAGAUAGUAGAGUCCUACAACAUGUCGAUGGUACACAUCACUUCUAUGAUCAAAAUUUUCUAUAUACAUUCAACGCAUAGCUAAAUUUUGGAAUAUUUUUGAUGAAACAAACUAAUUUUAAUCAUAUCGUUCAAUAUUUCGUUGAACCAUUUCAAAAUUAUCAUUGAAAUAUUGAAUGAUAGGAAUGAUUAAAAGAAAUUAUUUAAGAUAAUUUAUAUAGUCGAACUUCCAUA